CAGCUAUCCGAUUGCUAUCGCUGUGAUCUGCUGGAAACAGUACCGUCUUAGGCACCUUUACGUGAGAGCAACAGCAAGCGAACGCAGCACUCAUCACUCGCACAGCCACUUAUUUUCUACAACCCCGCACCUCCACCGAAAGGAAAACAAAGCUCGCGAGACUUGUAUAUAAGGCCCGAGUAGGGGACUGACACCUUCGCAGACCAUCGGUUGCAAAGGACCAUUCAAGCAAAGAUUGUUAAUUGGUGACUUAUGCGGCUCGUCUUGGCCAAUGGCAGUGCGAGUAAGUGAAGGGAGGCGGGUACUCCCAGCCUAGCCGGGGAGGCUCGUGGUGCCCGAAGUCAACUAUUGCCCUGGGAGGGGUUUUUUUAUCUUCUGCACGGCAUCCAGAAGGCAACCUCACUCGGGUGACGGCGGCGUUAACGGCGAGCUGGGGUUCCGUCGCAACUGCGUGCAAGAGCGGUGCAGGAGCGGCGAUUCUGCAGUCCAAGAACAUAACAGAUUGAACAGAUUAAAGAACUCCAUUCUACAACAACAAAAUCUUCAGUAAUACAAUGUCGUUGCCAGCUUUACAAUGAUUAGGAGUGACUGGGCAACUAUCUACUACUGGCUAAGCAACAUUCAUUGGAAUAUCUGGUCUUUAAGCCACAACAUUUGAAUGUGGAACCUUGGUCAAAUCUAAACAGUGUGAUGUUGAAAUGAGAUGAGGCUCCGAAAUGGAACUGUGGCCACUGCAUUGAUUUUCAUCACAUCUUUCCUCAGUUUAUCAUGGUAUACAGCAUGGCAGAAUGGAAAAGAAAAGCUCAUUGCUUAUCAAAGAGAGUUUCAUGCUUUGAAGGAACGCCUUCGCAUAGCUGAGCACAGAACCCUGCAACGUUCUUCUGAAUUAAAUACCAUCUUGGAGCAGUUCAGACAGGCAGUAGCAGAAACAAAUGGAAGUAAGGAUGCAUUGAGCAGCGUUUCAGAUGAAACAUUGAAGUUGUUAAAUGAACUGACAAGCAGAAGGUCUCUUCAAGUGCCAAAUAUAUAUUACCACUUGCCUCAUUUGUUGAAAAAUGAAGGAAGCCUUCGACCUUCUGUACAUGUUGGCCUUGGACGAACAGGAGUUUCUAUAGUAAUGGGUAUUCCAACUGUCAAGAGAAAAGUAAAAUCUUACCUUACUGAAACUCUUCACUCGCUGAUUGAUAAGCUGUCACCUGAAGAAAAAUUGGAUUGUGUUUUGAUUGUAUUCAUAGGAGAGACAGAACUUGACUAUGUAAAUGGUGUUGUGGCAAACCUUGAAAAAGAAUUUUCUACAGAAAUUCGUUCUGGUUUAGUGGAAAUAAUAGCUCCUCCUGCAUUUUACUAUCCAGACAUGAAAAAUCUAAAAGAAACAUUUGGAGAUUCAAAAGAAAGAGUCAGAUGGAGGACAAAGCAAAAUCUGGAUUACUGUUUUCUUAUGAUGUAUGCACAGAAAAAAGGUGUAUACUACAUUCAGCUUGAGGAUGACAUCGUUGUCAAGCAGAAUUAUUUCAGCACAAUAAAAAAUUUUGCACUUCAGUUGUCAUCAGAAGACUGGAUGAUACUAGAAUUCUCUCAGCUGGGAUUCAUUGGUAAAAUGUUCCAGUCUCCAGAUAUUACACUCAUUGUAGAGUUCAUACUUAUGUUUUAUAAAGAGAAACCAAUUGACUGGCUCUUGGAUCACAUUCUUUGGGUGAAAGUAUGCAAUCCAGAGAAAGAUGCAAAACAUUGUGAUCGCCAGAAAUCAAAUCUCAGAAUACGGUUCAGGCCUUCACUUUUUCAGCAUGUGGGACUACACUCUUCCCUAGAAGGAAAGAUUCAAAAACUCACAGAUAAAGACUUCUUGAAACCAUUACUGCACAAAAUUCACGUGAAUCCACCAGCAGAGGUUUCUACAACAUUAAAAGUCUAUCAAGGGCAUGCUCUUGAAAAAGCCUACAUGGGUGAAGACUUUUUUUGGGCUAUUACACCAGUUGCUGGAGAUUAUAUCUUGUUUAAAUUUGACAAGCCAGCUAAUCUAGAAAGAUUCCUGUUCCAUAGUGGCAAUCCAGAACAUCCAGGGGAUAUAUUGGUCAACACAACUGUGGAAGUAUUACCUCUUAGGAAUAAAGAGCUGGUAUUAAGCAAAGAAACCAAAGAGAAACGGUUAGAAGAUGGUUAUUUCAGAAUAGGCAAAUUUGAAAAUGGCAUAGCAGAAGGAAUAGUCAAUCCUAAUCUAAAUCCAAUUACAGCUGUCCGGCUGUUCAUCAUACAAAAUUCAUCUGUCUGGGCAAUUAUAAAUGAGAUUCAUAUUAAAAAACUCCCCAACUGAUCAAUAUUAAAGAAGAAAGAAGACAGAUUUUGAACACUUUUGCAAAAUCGUCCAAACUGCAGAAGGAAGAUAUUGAGUAUGCACCUUAAUUCAACUCAAUUUUCUCACUGAAACACUACCUCCCGUGAAUGCUACUGUAAUUGAGAAUAAAGACUCAGCAAGAAGGAUCGAUUACAACAUAGAAACUGAUAUUCACCUGGCAUUCUUUAUCUAGAUUCAUAAUUUGAACAUGAGUUUGGUUGACUAGGGAGCACAUAAAUUCUCCUUGGUCUAUCCAGUGGUGAUGAGUUAAGUACAUAAAAGGUGUACAUAUUGUUACAUUCCUUGGAAAUGAGAAAAAGGUGUUAAAAUGCAUUUUAUGAAGAGGGUACUUUUUGAAAGUCCAUUUAUUUUGUUAUUGAAAACCCUCUUUUAUAGAUUAUCAGGGAUAUAUAUUCAAAAAUUUUAGGGUAUUUAAUUUAUUAAAUAAUUUGAAAAGUACAUAUUUUUAUGCCAAUAAUAACUUGAUUAAGUUUUUUUAAUGUAUUAUCUUACUUCUUGAGUUAACUGUACAUUUUACUUGGUUAAUGAUCAUAUUUUGUAAUAUAUUGCCAUGGUUAGAAGAGUUAAACUGAAUUUGCCAAUGAAGCACUUUUGUACCAGACCAGAUUCUCCUGCACAAAUCCCACCGAAAUAAGAAGGGUUUCCACAGAAGAACAUCUUCGUGAGAGGUUCAUAGAAUCACAGAUAUGGUGUUCAAAGAUACAGACAUGGCGUGCAAGGACUUUGAAGAACAUUACCUAUGAUUUUCAUAGCCCUGGAAUUAAGGAAUUUUAUAUUUCAAUAGAGUGAAUGAAGUCUGCAGCAAUUUAAAGUUUGAAUCAUUCCCCAUUAAAGGGGUACUUUGAUAACAGGUUGUUCUUUUUUAAUCUUUGUAAAGUUUUCUUCAAUGCAAUCAGCCAAGUUGCUCCUUUGGAUAGCAAUGCCUUCUGAAAUCAACUUUUUUUUGGUUUUGCAUCCCCUUUUCAAUGAACUCUGCUCAGUGCUUUUGAAUGAUUUAAUUUAGCAUUAUGUUAGGGAUAAUGGAACAGAUACACAGUAACCUCAGCUGAGCUUUUAUAAUUAUAACUUUGUCAGUCCUUAAAUGUGGAAGUGAUUUCUAUUUCUUAAGAUCCAGCUUCUGCUUAAAAGCAUUGCACUCCAAUUGACUGAAGCAAAACUCCUGUGAUCCAAAUGCUUGUUGUCUUUUGUAUUUCAAAGAAAAAAGAUGUUUGCUUGGUCAGUAGCCUUGAAGAGAGGCAAUUCAAGCACUUUGUGCUCCGCAGCACAGAAAACAUGCAAUAGUAAAGUAAUAAUAGUAACAAAAAAAAUUAUUAUCUAACUCCAGCCAAGUUAUGAAAAGCAAGGCUUUUUUUUAGUCCUAUGACUCACACAGGUAAAUCUUCAAUAGUGAUAGCUUGUAUUGUGAGUUAAUUCUUAGAUAUUUCUGUGUCUCGGAUGUAAGUUUUUGCCAAAAAUCAGUGUCUCUCUUGCCUUCUAUUGAAUAUAGAAAUGAUUUGUAAUGUAUUGAGUGGAUUGGAUAUCUGUUUUCUAUUUGAGUCUAUGAAGAGUCCAACGGCUUCUAAAGGAAAAAAAGAUCACAGUGUGAAAAAAAAUACUUGAAUUGUUUCAAAUUAUUUAAGAUUUGAGAUUGCUUGGAUUUUAAUUAGAUGGGACCUUAUAUUUAUGAAAUAGUUUUGCUGAAAUUCUUUGUUGGUUGGGGAUGUAUGCAUACAGAAGUGCUUGUAUGACAUACUAGCUAAGUUAUGAAUUUGAAUAUUACUACUUCUAUGGAUGGCCUGUACCAAUUCCAAAAUGGAAGGAAUAGUAAUAAUGGCCUAUUUUACAGACAUAUGUUAAACUAAUGAAGAACUCUGAUUCCUAAAUGUUCUAUAAAUCUUAAAUCUUAAAAUUAUUUUUAGAUAACCUGUAAUACCUGUAAUACUGAACACUAAUUGAAUGUGUAUUUAAUAUUGACAUGCCACGUUGAGAUGAGUGGGUGGGGUAUGGAGUAUUUAUGAUAAACUUAAUAAUGAUAAUCAAGAAUAACAUUUUCCUACCUAAAAAUAAGGUUGUGUAGGAAAAACACAGAGAAUUGGUGAUAAACUGUUCAAAAUAUAUACCUUUUCUUUAUAUGGAAAAGGGAAUAAUGUGUAAUGAAAAUAUUCAUUUCCGUAUUUUAAGUUUGCUAUGAACAAGUUGUAAAGCUAUAUAAUCACUUGUAUUAGGUCAAGCUAACAUAGCAGAUCAGUAAUAUAUGAGUCUCUGCCUCAUAAAUGUGAGAUUUUCUAUCCCCAGUAGCUUAUUCCAUUGCAGUUUGUGUAGGUUUAUUAACCUUUUGUAUUUAAUUUAAAACUUAGUCUGAAUCAUAGCUCUAAAUGUAAUUUGCUGUUCUCUUCCAAAGACCACUUCCUCCCAUUGAAUGUAUGGUCUUGGGGGAAAGUUUUGCUCUCCAAAAUCAGUAGCCAAUUGAUUUAACAGUAACCCAGAAAUCAAGUGAUGUCCUCCAAUGCAACUUUAGGCAUACUUAGUCAGAUGCAAUAUUUCCUGUAUUCAGUAGUAUUCUGCUUUGCAGUAUUACAGUUGAAAUGUUUUAAUCCUUAACUUUAAACCACUACAAAUAGACACCUGUCUUAGGUAUAAACCAUUCCAUGUAACAGAUAAGGAGGUACACUAGCAAAAUGUUCCUGUAUUGCUAACUGGAAAUGAGAAUAAGUAAUGAAUGUCAAUUCUUUAUACUGCCAGCUUUAAAGAUCCAACAGGCUAAGGAUAAAUCAGGUAAUAAUGCCCAUCCCCCAAAGCAAUUGGCCAGUUGUAUAAGGCUAUCUAAAUGGACCAAUAAAUUUCUAUGUGGAUUAAUGCUCUAAUGAAGAAAACAGCUUGCGUACAAUUAUCCACCACUUGAGCUAUAGUAACAGAAUUGUCUUAAUGGUAUUGUUUUAGCAUCAUUCUAAGUACAUUCAUUUAAUCUGAUGCUGUGGUAGAGAUUAUUAAAAAUAAUUUCAAAUACUUUAUUUUCUAGUGGAAGAUUUAGAUUAUUGUUUUGUAAGUAUAACAGUGAGAGAGGCAAUGUAAUGAUUAAGGCAUUAGACUAGAAACUGGGAGACCCCGAAUUCUAAUUCUGCCUUAUGCAUGAAGCCAGAUGAGUGACUUUGGGCCAGUCUCCCCCCCUCUCAUUCUAGGAAGGAGGCAAUAGCAAUCCAUUUCUGAAAUCUUGCCAAGAAAACUGCAAAGGCUUGUCUAGGCAAUCACCAGAAGUCAGUAUAAUACUGGCUUGAAGGCCAAAUGCAAAAAACAACAACAAAAAACCAGUAUGCAUUGAGUUGGUGCUUAGAAUAAUCUCACUGAAUGGAAUAUGCAAAAAGCUUAUUGCUUUCCAGUAACUCAUCAGGACAUGAGUGCAACUAUAAUAUAUUAGAUAGUCCUCAGUGUAAAAUCACAACUGGGACCAGAAUUUCUAUGGCUAAAAAAGGCAGCGGUAAAGUCGGUCCUGCCCAAUUUUAUACUUUUUUUUUUUGGCCACUUUAAGCAAAUCACUGCAGUUGUAAAGUGAAUCUGGCUUCUCCCAUUGACUUUACUUGUCAGAAGCCGGCUGGGAAGGUUGCAAAUGGUGAUCACAUGACCCCAGGGUUCUGCAACCAUUGUAAAUACAUGCCUGUUGCUAAGCACCCAGGCUUUGAUCAGUGAAUACGUGGAUGCUGCAAUGGUUGUAAGUGUGAGGACCAAUUAUAAGGCAUUUUUUUCACUGCCAUUGUAACUUCAAACAGUUGCUAAAUUGGUUGUAAUUCAAGAAUUACUUAUCUGUCACUAGGUUGUUAGAAAAUAGGUUCAGUAGAAAAUUCGCAGUUGGUGACUUAACAAAAAAGUAUAUCCUGAUAGUUUGGAGUAGAUAAUAACUUGUGGAAUACAUCCUAUACCAUCUGCUCAACCAGUUUGGUUUUUUUUAAAAAUUCAAAAUUUCUAAAAUGGGAAUCUAAUACAUGGCACUAGGCUUAUUUUUAGUUCAAAAAAUAGUUCCUAAGUUAUCCAAUAAAAUGUGUGGUAACUGCCCAGAAUUUUGUUUAGAAGAGUGCCUGGAAAAUAGCAUUUUGGUGAAUUAGUUAUAGGUUUCCUCAUAGUAGCCAUUUUGAGAGUAGGCUAGUGCUCUGCCCAGAUUUCAUUGUGCUUAGGUUCUCAUGCAUUCUCAGCUUUCUAAAUAUAUCAAUCAUCCCAAAGCAUCAUCCCAAACCCAAUAUAAUUAACUUUUCUUAUAUUUUCUACUGACAUUCAUAUUUUUUAAAAAUAAAUGCAGCUGAACUAAAUGUUCAAGUUUUGGCAUUCUUUAUUUUACUAAAAUAUUAAAUCUUAGCAGUUGAUAAUUAAGAAUAGUUAUUUUUAAAAUAUAAAUAGGUGUCUGGAUAUUUCUGGUGCUUAAAACAUCCCUGUUUUUUAAAAGAGCUUUUGAAUGUUUUUUCCCCCUAAAGCUUUUGAAAUUCUUCCUGCAAAAGUACAAAUAUUACUUCAUGCCCCUUCUUGUCUAUUAGGUCUCAAAUUCAGACUACUUCCUACUUUUGGAGAAAGGAACAGCUUGUAUAUUACUUGAAUUAUGGUGUUUUGAAGAUGCUAUUUUGAUUGUCAGUAGAAACCAAUUUAUUGGUUAAAAACAUUUAGAGUUGCCCUACUCCUUUUUUGACUCUGUCAGUUUUCUAGUUGUGCUUCUGUUCUUGUGCUUGUGAAAUGUGAAUCAUUAUCCUACAGCCAGAUUUCUUGGCAUUCUCCAUAUAAGCAUUUUCAUUACUUGUAAAACUUUUUUAGAGCUAGAUUUUGAUAUUGUUAAUCUUGCUGCUACAUUUGAAAAUCUAACUGGGUCAUGUUAAUUGUGCCUUUCAUCAAUGCGCUAUGUGCCACGAGCUGCCCAUGUACUAUUUGAAAUAAAUAUUUUUAAAAACUGCCUUCUGGAGUUUUAACUAGAAAAAAAUGGAAAGUUUUGCAGAAGGGCUGAAAGUAUUUGUAUUAGAUAAAUACAACUGGAAAACGUGUACAUAAAACUAAACAAAAAUUCUUUUUAUAUGCAAUAGUUUUAAGAUAUAGAUAUACAGCAUAAUUCCAGCUGGCAUAGAAUGGCUAUUUUAGAAGUGUUUUCUUUUUAAUUUUCUGAGGUGGGAUAAUGAUUAGCGAGAGAAGAUGGGAAAGUAAAUCAAAAUGACACAAUACUUUUCCUGCAGAAACUUCUUGUGAGGUUAUAUGCAGUAAUAGCCCUAUAUAUUUUUCUCCUGUCCAGUUGCUUUUUGAGACGGGUAGCUAUGCAAAUUUGAUCAAUAAACAUUCUUUAUUCA